AUGCGCCCUCGCAUCCCCCGUCUCCCCAAGGCCAAGCGCUCCGAGGUCUGGAUCAUGGGCGCCGCCGGCGUCGGCGUGCUCGCCCCGCUGUACAUGAUCAUGCCCGGCGCCGACGAGCGCCUCGCCAAGCAGACCACCAAGUGGGCGCCGCGCUGGGAGAAGAACAUCACCUACUUCGCCCCCCCGGUCGAGCGCGGCAUGCAGCGCAUCGAGCCGCCCGUAUCCCGCGCCGUCCAGCGUAUCGAGGAGCGCCUGCCGCUCGAGAGGAUGGCCAAGGGCGUCGACUCCUCCAUCAAGGCCGGCAUCGAGCGCUUCUCUCCCAAGCCCAAGGACUGA